CUCUGUGAGUUCUGUGGAGCUGCUGAGCGGAAAUGUUUCACUGGCCUCAGGAAAAAGAAAAAAGGAGAGAAAAAUUCACCGGCGCGCGCUUCCAUUCACGCGUCAGUCUGCUCCACGCAGCUUAGAAAAGCAGCUGAUCCCACCUGCUGACCUGCGCGCGCGCCGUGCGGCAGGUUGGUGAGAAGAGAGAAAGAAAGUUUCCAUUCAGGCGGACAGAGGAGCCCCCCCCCCCCAGAGCGCAGUCCGGCUCCUGCAGGUGCCGCGCUGUGGAUCGGAACACUGAGUGGACUUCCAAAGUUUACGCGUCUCUCCGGUGCUUCAGGAGUUCAUCUGGGUUCAUCAGCAUCAUGGAUUGGAUUUGACUUUCCAACAAUCAUGCAGUAGAGGCAGCAGCAGCACCGGCCGACUCCACACUCAGAACUAGCAGUGGAACCUGUCUACGGCAUGGCGUCCUCCCCUGGGCUGAAUAAUGACCCGUUAACGUUGCUCCAGCUCCAAGAGGUAGAUGCCAGCAAAGCACCAGAGAGGCCCCACUCCCCAGGGCUUUUGCCUGCCAUGUACAGCCCCCCCCCAGGCAUGGACAGCCACACUGUCUGCAUUCCCUCUCCAUACACGGACAGCAGCCAUGACUAUGGGAACGGGCCUGGACCGUUGACCUUCUAUAGUCCAUCUGUGCUGGGCUACAGCAGACCGCCGCUGACUGACAGUCCCUCCUCGCUGUGCCCCCCCCUCAGCCCUUCAGCCUUUUGGCCCUCCCAUAGUCAUAACGUGCCUUCCCUGACUCUGCAUUGCACCCAGCCUAUCGUCUACAAUGAGCCCACCCCCCACGCUGCCUGGCUGGAGCCUAAAGUCCACAACAUCAACCCCAACAGUUUGUCUCUAUCCUGCCCUUCUGUCAUCAGCUGCAACAAGCUGCUGGGGAGGAAAUCGGACAUAGGAGUGGAAGACAUGAAACCCCCCUCGUGUUCUCCCUCUGCAGGGAAAGCUGACAUGCACUUCUGUGCCGUGUGUCACGAUUAUGCCUCUGGGUACCACUAUGGGGUUUGGUCGUGUGAAGGAUGCAAAGCUUUUUUUAAGAGGAGUAUCCAGGGUCACAACGAUUACAUAUGUCCAGCCACGAAUCAGUGCACCAUUGACAAGAACCGCCGUAAAAGCUGCCAGGCCUGCCGCCUGCGCAAAUGUUAUGAAGUGGGGAUGAUGAAGUGCGGUGUGCGCCGCGAACGCUGCAGCUACAGAGGAGCUCGACACCGCCGAGGGGGACUCCAGCCUCGGGAGGCGGCAGGGAGGGGCUUGGUCCGGGUCAGGAUGGGUCCUCGGACCCAGCGCCAUUUCAGUCUGGGGAUACCUUUUUCCCCAUUGCCAGGGGGCCCUCCCCUCCCGCAGUCAAACCACACUCAUCGUCCGUCCAUGAGCCCAGAGGAGUUCAUCUCCCGCAUCAUGGAGGCGGAGCCUCCAGAGAUCUACCUGAUGGAGGACCUCAAGAAGCCCUUCACUGAGGCCAGCAUGAUGAUGUCGCUCACCAACCUGGCAGACAAGGAGCUGGUUCUCAUGAUCAGCUGGGCCAAGAAGAUCCCAGGUUUUAUAGAGCUGAGCUUAGCAGACCAAAUCCACCUGUUGAAGUGCUGCUGGCUGGAGAUCCUGAUGCUGGGCCUCAUGUGGAGGUCAGUGGACCAUCCUGGAAAGCUCAUCUUCUCCCCCGACUUCAAACUCAACAGGGAGGAGGGACAGUGUGUGGAGGGCAUCAUGGAGAUUUUUGACAUGCUGCUGGCGGCCACCUCUAGGUUUCGUGAGCUCAAGCUGCAGAGGGAGGAGUACGUCUGCCUGAAGGCCAUGAUCCUCCUCAACUCCAAUCUGUGCACGAGAUCCCCUCAGACAGCAGAGGAGCUUGAGAGCAGGAACAAGCUGCUGCGGCUUCUGGACUCUGUGAUCGACGCUCUGGUCUGGGCCAUUUCCAAACUGGGCCUGUCCACCCAACAGCAGACUCUGCGGCUUGGCCACCUCACCAUGCUGCUCUCCCACAUCCGCCACGUGAGUAACAAAGGCAUGGACCACCUGUCCACCAUGAAGAGGAAGAACGUGGUGUUGGUGUACGACCUCCUCCUGGAGAUGCUGGACGCCAACACGCCCAGCAGCUGCGGUCAAACGGCCUCAUCCUCGCCCAGCUCUGACAGCUUCUCUGACCAGCAGCAGUAUCCCCCACCUCCACCUGGCUCAGACCAGACGUUUGCUCCUAGCCCGGCAGAUGAAGCCCCCCCUGUGCCUCCACAAGGGGCAGACGAAGGCCAGAUCCUCGACAGGAGCCAGCAAGCCCUGUCCUGCCGGUCCAUGCCUCCAUCACAGAGUUUGGUGGAGUCUGAAAUAGAUGGUUACAUCUCGCCAGAUCAGUGGUCCCUGGGUGCCGGUGGCUCGGGCUCACCGGCGGAGUCGGCUAGUUUCACUCUUCCUGAUCGGGUUGUCAUGGGAACAACCUUACAGGGGUGACAGGACUGAAAGACUGAACCAAAAAGCUUUCCAACCCCCCAAAAAAGGCAAAAAAGGAUAAAACACCAAGUGCUGUUGUGAAGUGAAGUUCUUUUUUUUCCUUUUGCAGUCUUUGUAAACACAAACAUUUUUAAAUGGCUGUACUUUACCUGUGCGUGUAUAUUUUUUUGUGAAUGUGCACUGCAGUACUCUGAACCUCGGUCUCCUUUGGAUUUACAGUGUUGGUGUCUCUUUUUGCACCUCGGUGAAACAGUCAGAACAAGCCAUCCCCUUUGCAUGUAGACGACCUGGACUCCAUGUGGCUCCUUACAGCCCUCUUUUCACACUGUGCUGUAGUUCUCUCUCCCUGUACUACUGUGUCUUUCAGUGUUUUAAUCUGUGCUUGUUCCAGAAGUGUUUUUAUACUGUGGAUGUAUGUGGCCUUUCACCAAAGCGACUGUUCUUCUGGGAAUCACCACGACUGAAGUUACACAUCAGACGAUGGGGCACAGUGGUUUACUCGCAAACAUCUUCAAAAAAACAUAUAAAAAUAUAGAGUUUUGGAAGUUCAGUAGUCAGACAAUAAUUUGAAGUGACACGACAGUUUGCAGAGUUCCAGCAUUCCACCCCCCAUGUUAACCUGCACCCCCAUACCUAAUGUUGGACAACACCCCGCUGGUCCGUUUGCAUUGCGUCUCCAUUGUGGUGACACAAAAAAACUGAACGUUCAUUAGUCAAUCGUACUUUUUACCCCACCUCCAACACGUCUGCGUCUGGGGUUUUCCCUCUGCCACACACGCUUUACGCAAGACUUAUAUUUCCAGUUCGUCAACGCGUCAAAUCCGCAGUAAAACACGCCGGAGAAACAGGAAACUUCCAUGAUUUAUGAAAGAAAUAAGGGAGUUUUUAUGAAAUUUGAUUUGAUAUUUUUGGUGACGUGUCCACACGACCACGCAUGUUAACACAGCAGAUAACACUGUGUCCUUUUUUUUUUUGCCACACACGACAAAAGUUUAAUUUUGAAAGUACAAAAGCAAAACUUCAUUUAUGACACGAAACACGCAUUUCACAAGGACUCAGUGAGGAAGGACACGGCACGGCGCAAUUGCUAAAGUUUUGGGUGUCGAUGACACGGUGGUGGCAGGACAAGUGACUCCUCUGGGUGGCGGACCGGAGACGCUCCAGAAAGACGGUCUUGAGACGGACUCCUCAUGCAACAGAGAAGCGCCGCAGACGGUCCAGUGGAAAUUCGGGGUCCGUCCAUAAAAUCUUUAACUUUUUGUUGUUCAUCAAACGCAGUCUCAGCCCUCUAAGCCAGAUUUAUGCCAACGUUUCCAAAACGAUGCCACAAUCUUCUAAAAAUGCCCCCUUCUACGACAUGUAGCAAUCAAUGAAACCCCCUAAAUUAUCCAUCAGUCUGGGGGCCUAAAACUGGACCGUCCAACCCGCUUGCCCUCCAGUGUUUCCUGCCCAGCACUUGCUGUUAUGGUAGAUUACAUUGGAUUAGAUAUAUUUGAUCAGGAAACACUUAUCAAGCUAUGGGAAAGCUAGUAAGGCAAGAUCAGCUGGAAGAGAUGCAGGUUGGAAAUUCCUGAGAACCAUGUUUGAACCAUUUGGCCAAAAGGCCCCAAAUAUUUCCAGUACUACAGCCAGAGGUUCUGUGGACUUCUUCCUGACCAAACAACGAAGACCAGCUUCUCAGCCAAACAUAGCCGGAGCUGCCGUAGGCGUUAAGUGCUUCCAUGGCCGUAAACCGGCAGGUCUUAAAUCUGCUUGCUGUUUUCCAGCCAAAAUUCUAGUCUAAUGUCCCCCCAGGACUGGAGAGUAAAACUCCAGGUUCCAUAGAGAAUAAUGGGAUUUGAAUGCAGACUUUAUUCAAAGGUAAUUAAGAAAAAAUAUUUUAGGAAUAUUUUUAAGGAAUCUUCCAAUUAAAACAGAAACAUGUUUUCCAGAAAUCUGUUUUUAACCUUGAAAAUGGUUUAAUGUCAAACAUCCUUACAAGCAGUAUUACACAUUUCUUAUCUGUCUGUAAUAGAUUACUUCUUGUUGUGUAAAAGUAGUCCCUGACCUUACAAUAAUACUUGCAGAAAUGUAAGGCACUUCAUGAGUCCUGUGUUACAUUUAAGGUACUUUCUCUGUAAACUCCGGCAGAAUCAGAACAUAAUAAAAAGUUUGUUUUAGGAAAAAUAAUGUGAAAAACGACUGCUAAUGUAAAUGUUGCACACACAAAUAUAUAUAUUAUUGUUGGUUUAAAUUGCUUUAAGAAAAAAAAAA